AUGGGAGCUAACCCUCACAACAGCUCAGAGUUGCCAACUUUCACCCUGACAGGACUCCCAGGGCUGGAGACCUCCCAACACUGGAUGUUCCUGCUCCUUGCUGCCCUCUACACUGUCUCCAUUGUGGGCAAUGCCCUCAUCCUCUUCAUUAUCAAGGAGGAGCAGAGCUUGCAUCAGCCUAUGUACUACUUCCUGUCCCUGCUGUCAGUUAAUGAUCUAGGCGUGUCUUUUUCCACAUUGCCCACUGUGCUAGCCACAUUUUGCUUCCACUUAAGGAAGAUCACUUUUGAUUCCUGCAUGGCGCAAAUGUUCUUUAUCCACCUCUUCUCCUUUAUGGAGUCUGGGAUCCUGCUGGUUAUGAGCUUUGACCGCUAUGUGGCCAUCUGCAACCCGCUGCGCUAUGCCACAGUGCUCACUGAUGCCCGUGUUGUACACAUGGGCUUGUCUGUCAUCAUCCGCAGUUUCUGCAUGGUUUUCCCACUGCCUUUCCUUCUGAAGAGGUUGCCCUUCUGCAGGACCAAUGUACUGUCCCAUGCCUACUGCCUGCAUCCAGAUCUGAUCCGUCUUCCCUGUGGUGACAUCACCAUCAAUAAUAUUUUUGGUCUCUUCAUUGUCAUCUCUACCUUUGGCGUGGACUCUGUACUCAUUCUCCUCUCCUACAUGUUCAUACUGCGUUCUGUACUUGGUGUUGCAUCCUGGGAGGGACGGGUAAAGCCACUCAACACGUGUGUGUCACACACGUGUGCUGUGCUCAUCUUCUAUGUGCCCAUGGUUGGUGUGUCCAUGGCUGCUCGCUAUGGGAAGCAUGCCCCAACCCAUGUGCACACACUCAUGUCCCUUAUUUAUCUCUUUGUGCCUCCGAUGCUCAAUCCUGUUAUCUAUUCCAUCAAACCCAAAGAGAUCCGUCGAAAGCUUAGCAGAAUGCUAGUCGGAUCCAAGUUUUAA